CACAAAAGAAUCUUCCCCGUUUCUUAAAGCAAUUUCCGACUACCUGAAAUGAAAACCUCCAUUUUUGUUAUUCCAUUCAUAUUUCAUCAUAUUAAAAUUAAGAAAAAAAAAAAGAAAAAACAAAAACAAAGACCUUCACUCUAAGAAAGCUUCUCAAGUCUCAACUACUACCCACACGACGUCCCAACCAUCUUAUAAUUUCUUCAAACUUGCAUAUAUUAAAAUUAUUUUGUAUAUAUAUUAGACUUACACCCUCUCUGCCACUCACAGGCCAUUUCUCGUUUUCUUCUUCUCAACCAACCAACCGGCAUUGGACAAAAUGAGGAAUAUUUGCAUGUGGGUUUUGCUUCUUCUACUAGUUUCUGUUUUUUCUCUCGGAAUCCAUGCUGAUCAUCGUGAUGUCCGUACCGAGAGAAUUUCAGGAAGUGCUGGUGAUGUAUUGGAAGACAAUCCAGUAGGAAGGUUGAAAGUUUAUGUGUAUGAGCUACCAAGCAAGUAUAACAAGAAAAUCCUUCAGAAGGACCCCAGAUGCCUCAACCACAUGUUUGCGGCCGAGAUUUUCAUGCACAGAUUCCUCCUCUCCAGCCCUGUUAGAACUCUUAAUCCUGAGGAAGCAGACUGGUUUUACACUCCUAUAUAUACUACUUGUGAUCUCACUCCCAAUGGCUUGCCUUUGCCCUUCAAGUCUCCGAGGAUGAUGAGAAGUGCCAUUCAGCUCAUCUCUUCAAACUGGCCUUUUUGGAAUAGGACUGAAGGCGCUGAUCACUUCUUUGUUGUUCCCCAUGAUUUUGGAGCCUGCUUUCAUUAUCAGGAAGAGAAAGCUAUUGAGCGGGGAAUUCUUCCGUUGCUCCAGCGUGCUACUUUGGUUCAGACUUUUGGACAAAGGAAUCACGUGUGCUUGAAUGAGGGCUCAAUCACCAUUCCUCCGUACGCUCCACCUCAAAAGAUGCAAGCCCACUUGAUUCCCCAAGACACUCCCCGGUCCAUCUUCGUCUACUUUCGUGGUUUGUUUUAUGAUGUUAAUAAUGAUCCUGAAGGUGGUUACUAUGCAAGGGGUGCUAGAGCAGCCGUGUGGGAGAAUUUUAAGAACAACCCUCUGUUUGACAUCUCAACUGAUCACCCAACCACGUACUAUGAAGACAUGCAGAGAGCCAUAUUCUGUUUGUGCCCUCUGGGGUGGGCGCCGUGGAGUCCUAGGCUAGUUGAGGCAGUGGUGUUCGGGUGCAUCCCUGUGAUUAUAGCCGACGACAUAGUUUUACCCUUUGCGGACGCUAUCCCUUGGGAGGAAAUAGGAGUGUUUGUGGCGGAGGAAGAUGUGCCAAAGCUAGAUGAGAUCCUCACAUCCAUUCCGCCGGAAGUGAUCUUGAGGAAGCAGAGGUUGCUUGCAAAUCCUUUCAUGAAACGGGCAAUGAUGUUCCCGCAGCCUGCACAGCCUGGCGACGCUUUUCAUCAGAUACUGAACGGGCUAGCUCGCAAGUUGCCUCAUGACAAGAGUGUCUACUUGAUGCCUGGUGAGAGGGUUUUGAAUUGGACUGCAGGGCCUAAGGGGGAUUUGAAACCUUGGUGAAUUGCAUUGCAACUAUACUUCCAUUUGUCUAGCUAGUUCCCAAAGUUAUACCCGGUUGAGAAUUUCUUG